AUGGGUCGCAUGCACAGCAGUGGUAAGGGUAUCUCGAGCUCCGCUCUCCCCUACAAGCGUUCUCCUCCUUCCUGGUUGAAGACCUCCCCCGAGGAUGUCUGCGACUCGAUCUUCAAGCUCGCCAAGAAGGGUAUGACCCCCUCCCAGAUCGGUGUCAUCCUCCGCGACUCCCAGGGUAUCGCCCAGGUCAAGAGCGUCACCGGUAACAAGAUCCUCCGUAUCUUGAAGUCCAACGGCCUCGCCCCCGAGAUCCCCGAGGAUCUCUACCACUUGAUCAAGAAGGCCGUCGCCGUCCGCAAGCAUCUCGAGCGUAACCGCAAGGAUUGCGAUGGAAAGUUCCGCCUCAUUUUGAUCGAGUCCCGUAUUCACCGUCUUGCCCGUUACUACAAGACCGCUGGCCAGCUCCCUCCUACCUGGAAAUAG